UUGUAGAAAAUGCCACCGAAAAAAGUAGCUCGUAAGGUGACACAACAACCGACAGAAGAGCCAAAACGUCGAAAGACGGAAAAGAAUGGGAGGAAACGAGAAAAGAAGAAAGGGAAGGAAGUGGUAAAAGCUUCUUUGAGAACAGCACCGACAACUCUAACAGGAGCACAAAUAGUCACCAUGGAUACGGAUGAACAUACCGAAGUGGAGGAACCAGCGAUUUCUUCAGCACAAUCUUCACUGAUCAAUGGUGAGCAAGACAGUCUGCGACUGAAAAGUAGUGGACGUGGAAAGAAGCGGAAAAUUCUUGAUCUGGAUGUAAGCACCUGUUCUACUGUAAAUCAGACGCUCAAUAGUAGUGCCGGGAGUUCAACUACCCGUCGGGUGAAGAAGUUCCAUUUGUCGGUUGAGAGUUUUUUGCCAAUUGAAAAAGGAGAUCGAGUUUUGAGUUGUGGCGAAGGUGAACAGCUUGGACAUCCAGGGCGGAGUACAACUCGGAAACCGCGAGCUAUUAGUACACUUCCGGAGGAGAAGUUGAUCGUUCAGGUAAUAGCAGGUGGGGUUCACUCACUGGUGUUGAUGGAGGAUGGUACAGUGUAUGGAUGUGGAAUAAACGAAAAAGGUACUGUCCCGGGUGAGGGUAUUGAGCCAGAAGAAUCGUCGGAUAAGCUAACUCCAAUUAAAUUCAGCGAUUCACUCAUACAACGCCAUGGAAAGGUAGUUAUGCUUGCCGCUGGUGCUAGUUUCUCAGCAGCACUCACUGAAAAAGGGAGUGUUAUCGCUUGGGGUAAUCUACGGGGGAUGUCGGGUUGCAUUGAAAGCCAUGAAACAUUGCUGGAGAUGGAGAAACAACCAGUGGUCAUAGUGCAACAUCAACAAAAAGUCAUCGUAAAGAUUGCAGCAGGCGAGAAUCAUUUGGUAAUGCUAACAGAGAAUGGCGAAGUGUUAACGUUCGGCGAUGGCUCAGUUGGCCAAUUAGGGAGAUGUUCACGGGUUUCUCACAUUCGCUCCCAGCGAAUGGUGAACGAUUCACCAGACUCGUUAAGAAUUUCAGUUUACGAUAAGGGGAAGAAGAAACUGGUCCUGUUCGACAACAUUAUGGCUGGUGGAUUUUGGACUGCUGCUCGAUCCAUUGAUGGCACUGUUUAUGUCUGCGGAUUAAACAAUUUUGGGCAGUUGGGUGUACCAACACCAGAAGCUCCAGAAGAUGAAGGUAGUCAACCAGAACUGAAAAUAAUGCAUCCGGUUAAGGCGAGCGCAUUCGGAAGCACAGCAGUUGUUGAACUGAGUGGUAUCCAACAUAUCGUUGCUUUGAAUGCACAGGGCGAAGUAUAUGGCAUUGGAAAAAACACGGACAAUGCGCUCGGAUUGGGCACGUGGAAUGGUAAGGAGGAUGACCACUGGAAGUAUUCAGAACUGCAGAAGAUUGACAUACCAGAGCAGGUCAAGGGAAUAUCGGCUAGUCUUGGUUGCUCGAUUGUUUGGACUGAUAAUGGAAAUGCCUACUCUUGGGGUUAUGAUUCUUCCGGUCAGCUCGGUUUGGGGAUUAAAGAUGAUGAGGAGAAGAUGGUUUCGCGACCACGGAAGAUUACUUCGGCACAUCUUGAUGGUUAUCGUAUCGUUGGGGCAUCAUUGGCUGACAACCAUGCUCUUUUUCUUGCUAAAAAGUUAUGAGUAGUGAAUACUAUCCAUGUAUUCGUAAAAUUAACUUUGCUUAAGCAUUUAUCAUGUGUUACGCAGCACUUAAUUGAACUGCAGACAUGCUAGAGCAUCGUGAAGAUGGAGUCCUUUCUUUUGAUUUUGGAUAUUUUUGCAACACUUCCUGUUAGGCUACUUUUGGGUUAUUUGUUGAUUGUACCUUCGGUUUUUGCAUUGAAUUUUCCAUUGUUCAGCUAUCGCAUCGGUGAAAGUCAGUCUG